AUGUCUGUGUCGUCCAUUGCGAGGGCCUUCACGGCGGCCCUGGCUCUGCUGUGUACCACCAUCCCAGCCCACCCUCAGGCUCUGUACCCACAGACUGUGAAAGCCAGAGAUGAUGCUAAACUUGUACAGCCAAUCUACCAGUCCUUGCCCCUUGGGUCCAUCAAACCCGGAGGAUGGCUCAAAGACCAGAUCGAAACAGAAGCUUCCGGUCUUGCAGGCAACCUAUUCGACUUCUACCGCUACGUUCAGGAUUCAAUGUGGAUUGGAGGCCAUACAGAGUAUUCACCUCUUCACGAGUCAGCCCCGUAUUGGUUCAACGGUCUUGUGCCUCUAGCCUUUGGGCUCGAUGACGCGAGACUCCGGGGCCAAGUGACGGCCUUUGUGGACUACGUAUUGGAUCAUCAACAAAGCGAUGGCUGGAUUGGUCCUGAAACAACGCCAGAGAGUCGAGGCUUGUGGGCGCGUUGCUAUAUCUUACUAGGACUCAUGCAAUAUGCCCAAGCGGAUCCUUCCCAGGCUGACAGGAUCGUGGAUGCUAUGCAUCGAUACGUCAAUCUGGCCCAUAGCAUGCUCCAAAACAACUUUACCGGGUUGCUUCCAAAGGCAAACGAUUCAUUCGAUGGUGACGGUUUCGGACCUGCAAGAGCUCAUGAGAUGCACAUACCAUUGCAGUGGCUGUACGAAAGGUACCCCCGGAACAACUCGCAAGUGAUAUGGGAAACAAUGGAGCUUAUGAUCGAAGGAAGUACGGUAUUCGGUGUUGACUGGAGGAACUUCUGGGUCCCAGGAGUAUACCCAGAGGUUACGUACACUCCGAGAGAACAACCGUACACAUGGCUCUUCAACCACGGAGUAAAUAUGGCUGAAGGUCUUCGCUUCCCAUUAUCAAUCUAUCGUAUGUCUCACGACGAAGCCCUGCGGACGCAGACGCGGACGGCACUAGACCUUUUAAGUCAGUGGCACAAGUCCCUAGCUGGUACGAUCAUUGGCGAUGAGUUCGUUACGGAUCUCAACCCAAGCAGAGGUGCAGAACUGUGUACUUCGACCGAGAUGAUGUUCUCUACGGCCUAUAUAUACCAGUACCUCGGCGACAAUGACCUCGCAGACUGGACAGAGCUUACAGCAUUCAAUGCAUUCCCCGGACAAUUAUCCCCGGAUUGGUGGUCACAUCAAUACGUACAGCAAGAGAACCAGCCCUGGUCACGAACGCUCAACGAGUAUCCCCAGAUGUGGCAGAACGUUGGUGUCCGUGGUAAUGUGUUUGGACUGGAGCCCAACUAUCCCUGCUGCACGGUCAACCACCCUCAAGCAUACCCGAAGUUCCUCGCUAAUUCUUUCGUAAUCACUGAGGAUGGUGGCAUUGCUCACGUGCUGCUGUCACCAGGCAGCGUCACUGCCAAGGGUGCGACAAUCUUGGCCGACACAACCUACCCCUUUGGCAUGGAUUUGCAAUACUCUAUCACAACCGAGACAGAGUUCACUUUCUAUGUCCGCAUCCCAGCCUGGGCAAGUUCAUCAAGCACAGCUACUGGACCUUCCAGUGAUGUCAGCACACAAAUUUCUCCAACGGACCAAGGGCUACAGGCGUUUACUGUUCCUAAGGGUGAAAGUUCUGUCACCGUAAACCUCCAGGCAGAACCACGCGUAGUAACGAGGGCCAACAACUCCGCUGCGGUCUACUACGGGGCGCUGUUAUACACCUUGGCAAUCGACUUCAACGAAAGUGCGAUACAACCAUGGUCUUGGGACGGGGGUUCCGUCUUGAAUAGCUCAGAUACAACCCCGCAAACCCAUGACCACAUCAUCGAACCCACGAGCCCCUGGAACAUCGCCUUCGACCCGUCGCAGAUCAAGGUAGUCCAGGCCAACGCGUCGACACUGCCAAACCCCAUCUGGGAUUACGGUGCUCCACCGGUCGAGCUUCGCGUCGCAGCCGUUGAGAUCGACUGGCCUCUCAAGUUCGACACGCCUGAAGACCCCCCUAGCGAGCCUCUCGUGACCGGCAAGCCCUUCAGCGCGCGAUUCGUCCCCUUCGGCAGCGCCAAGGUACACAUGGCCCAUCUACCAGUCGUCCAACUCCCAGAGGUCGAUCUGGACGCGAGUACUUAG